AUAUAAUGUUCCCAUUUGCAGAGACCGUUCAUCACAUCCAAAGGCCUGAGUAACUGUCUCCUUUCGUCUUUCUCUCUCUACAUAGCCGUUUCCGACUCUUUCUUUCAUAAUCUGUUAAUCCUUUUGAAGUUAGAGAGAGAAUCAGUUCCCACUUCGGUUUUGUGAUAUCAAUUUGAAUCAAAUGCUGCCUCACUACUGAAUAGAAAACCGAUACCCACAUUCUCAAAACCAGGCCAUUCAUCAAACCUCUUUCUGUUUUUUGAGUUUAUACCAAAAGGGUUUUGUAUUCUAAGGAAUCAAAAUGUUCAGGCUCACUGAACACAAGCUUAUUUGUGUUGUUUCCCUCGCUUUCCUGGUAUUCCAAAACCAAGUAAACCUUGCUCUAGCUCAAAGUGGUUUUGUGAAAACCAAAGGAAUCCAUUUCAUUGUUAAUGGUUCCCCUUUCUAUGUUAAUGGGUUCAAUGCUUACUGGUUGAUGCAAAUGGCCUCUGACCCGUCAACCAGGGGUAAAGUAACCUCUGUUUUUCAACAAGCUUCAAGCUAUGGCUUAACUGUAGCAAGAACUUGGGCUUUCAGUGAUGGAGGUUACAGGCCUCUGCAAAUUUCUCCUGGUUCAUAUAAUGAAGAUAUGUUCAAUGGGCUGGAUUUUGUGAUUUCAGAGGCUAGGAGAUAUGGCGUACGUUUGAUAUUGAGUUUUGUGAACAACUACAAAGACCUUGGAGGAAGGCCUCAGUAUGUGCAGUGGGCCGGGAACCAGGGCCAGUCUUUGAACUCUGACGAUGAUUUUUACACAAACCCUGUUGUUAAAGGUUACUACAAGAACCAUGUUAAGAGUGUUAUUUCUAGGGUGAAUAGUAUGAGUGGUGUGGCAUAUAAGGACGACCCCACAAUUUUUGCGUGGGAGCUCAUGAACGAACCUCGCUGCCAAACUGAUCUAUCUGGAAGACCCGUGCAGGAAUGGAUCACAGAAAUGGCUGCUCAUGUUAAGAGCCUGGAUAGCAGCCAUCUACUAGAAGCAGGUUUGGAAGGAUAUUAUGGAGACUCAUCUCCUCAAAGGCAGCAAUUCAACCCUGGCUACAAAGUGGGCACUGACUUCAUCUUCAACAAUCAGAUUCCCGGCAUCGAUUUCGCUACAAUCCAUGCAUACCCUGAUCAAUGGAUACCUGGCUCCAGUGACCAAGCCCAGCUCUCUUUCCUCCAAAGCUGGGUCCAAGCCCACAUAGAAGACUCAAACACAGUGCUCAAAAAGCCUAUGCUUUUCACUGAAUUUGGAAAGUCCUCCAAGACCCAGGGCUACACUCCAGGCCUUAGGGAUACAUUAUUUGCAACAGUAUAUAAUAGCAUUUAUACAUCAGCUAGGAGCGGUGGAGCUGGUGCUGGUGGUUUAUUUUGGCAGCUUUUAGAUAAAGAUAUGGAUAAUUUUAGAGAUGGUUAUGACGUUAUAAUGGCUGAGAGCCCCUCCACUGCCAAUGUAAUUGCUCAACAAUCGCAUAAACUAUCGAGCCUGAACCGCAUGUUCGCUAACCUGAGAAACAUGCAGAGAGUUGAGGAGGCUAAAUCUAUCAGAGAAAACCAGAAGAAUUAGUUGGAGUAUCCUUUCUUCGAGUUUUAAGGUUUAAAUGAAUGAUAAUAAUUCAAGGCUUACAAGUAUAAGGACUUCUGUUAUCUUUUCUGUUUUUUGAUAGAACAGGAGAAGGAUAGAUUUUGUUUUUGUUUUGAUGUUUGCUGAGAAGUUUAUAUGAAUACUAAGAAGUGUUGGA